GAACGGGUGCGCGGCGCCCAGGUCUGGGCCAUGGCUCACAGGCCGAAAAGGACCUUCCGGCAGCGCCGAGCAGACUCCAGUGACAGCGAUGGCACCGAGGGGCCAUCUGCUGGACCCGGGCAGCCGGGGGAGCCGGCAGCCCCAGGCCCCGAGGAUGAAGGACCGCCUCCUGGAGGAGGCCGCGCAGAGGCAGCUAGGCGGCCCUUUCGGGGCCGGGGCUCUCGGGGCCGGGGCCGGGUCUGGGCGAGUUCCCGGCGCGCCAUCGGAGCGGCACCCCGUGCGGGCGGCGGCUCGGGCGCUCCAGAAUCCAGAACAGUUGAUCAUUCAGCAGACGAAGAGGAUGGAACACAGCAUGCCUCCGAAAGUAAGGAUGAUCAGAGCUCACCUUCCAAUAGCUCGAGUUCUCUGGAAGAAGAGUUUUCGUCAAUAGUAAAUAUCCCUGAUGCAGCUUUUAUUCAGGCAGCCCGCAGAAAACGUGAAUUGGCCAGGACCCAAGAGGACUAUAUUUCUCUGGACGUCAAACAUACUUCCACCAUCUCUGAUAUGAAGGAAAACAGCGAUGAAGAUCCUGAGAGUGAGCCUGAUGACCAUGAAGAGAGAAUACCAUUUACUCCAAAGCCCCAAACACUUAAACAAAGAAUGGCUGAAGAAACAACAACCAGAAAUGAAGAAACAAGUGAAGGAAGUCAAGAGGAUGAAAAUCAAGAUAUUUGGGAGCAGCAGCAAAUGAGGAAAGCAAUUAAAAUCACAGAGGGACGAAACAUAGAUCUUUCCCACAGUAGUGAAUUUCAAACAGUGAAGAAAUUUGAUACUUCCAUUUCAUUCCCACCAGUAAAUUUAGAAAUUAUAAAGAAGCAGUUAAAUACUAGAUUAACAUUGCUACAGGAUACGCACCGCUCGCACCUGCGGGAAUAUGAAAAAUAUAUAGAAGAUGUCAAGAGCUCAAAGAAUGCCAUCCAGAACCUAGAGAAUUCAUCAGAUCAAGCCCCAAAUAUUAAAUUCUAUAAAAGCAUGAAAAUUUAUGUGGAAAAUUUAAUUGACUGCCUUAAUGAAAAGAUUACCAACAUCCAAGAAAUAGAAUCAUCCAUGCAUGCACUCCUUUUAAAACAAGCCAUGACCUUUAUGAAACGCAGGCAAGAUGAAUUAAAACAUGAAUCAACGUAUUUACAACAGUUAUCACGCAAAGCUGAGACAUCAACAAAUGGAAGCUUAGCUAUAGAUGAAAAAACUCAAUGGAUUUUAGAAGAAAUCGAAUCUCGAAGGGCACGAAGAAGGCAAGCAAGGGCGCUUUCUGGGAAUUGUGAUCCUCAGGAGGGGGCAUCUAGUGACGAUGAACUGUCUUCAGCAGACAUGAUUGACUUCCAGAAAAGCCAAGAUGACAUUUUACAGGAUCAUAAGAAGAUUUUUGAAGACGUGCAUGAUGAUUUUUGUAAUAUCCAGAAUAUUUUGUUAAAAUUUCAACAAUGGCGAGAAAAGUUUCCUGAUUCUUAUUAUGAAGCUUUUAUUGGCUUAUGCAUACCGAAGCUUUUAAAUCCCCUAAUACGAGUUCAGUUGAUUGACUGGAAUCCUCUUAAGUUUGAUUCAAUAGGUUUAAAACAGAUGUCGUGGUUCACAUCUAUAGAAGAAUUUAUGGAUAGCAGUAUGGAAGAUGCAAAGAAGGAAGACAGUUCUGAUAAGAAAAUCUUGUCUGCUGUCAUCAACAAAACAAUUAUUCCUCGACUUACAGACUUUGUAGAAUUCAUAUGGGAUCCUUUGUCAACCUCACAGACGACAAGUUUAAUAACACAUUGCGGAAUGAUUCUUGAAGAACAUUCCACUUGGGAGAAUGAAGUUAGUAAAGGCAAACAGGAUUUACUUAAAUCCAUUGUUUCAAGAAUGAAGAAAGCAAUAGAAGAUGAUGUUUUUAUUCCUCUAUAUCCAAAGAGUGCUGUAGAAAACAAAACAUCACCACAUUCAAAGUUCCAAGAAAGGCAAUUCUGGUCAGGCCUAAAGCUCUUCUGCAAUAUUCUUCUUUGGAAUGGACUCCUCCCAGAUGACGCCUUGCAGGAGCUAGCGCUAGGGAAGCUGCUAAAUCGUUACCUUAUCGUAGCUCUUCACAAUGCCGUGCCUGGGCCAGAUGUUGUUAAAAAGUGCAGCCAGAUAACAGCAUAUUUACCAGAAAAAUGGUUUGAAAAUUCUGCCAUGAGGACAUCUAUUCCCCAACUAGAAAACUUCAUCCAGUUUUUAUUGCAGUCUGCACAUAAAUUAUCUAGAAGUGAAUUCAGAGAUGAAGUCAAAGAAAUAAUUCUUAUUCUGGUGAAAGUAAGAGCUUUGAAUCAAGCAGACUCCUUCAUAGAAGAGUAUCACCUAGACCAUCUUAAAUCAGUAAUUAACGAAGUUUGACUGAACCGUAUAGGAGAGUAAUGCAGUCAAUUUCAGUAUUGCCAUGCUCGGCUCCUUUGCCAGGGGCUUCUGGGGUGGGGAACUGGUGCCUCAUUAUUCUUAAUAAUAGAGGCAAGGAUUUGAAAAAAAAAAAAAAAGAUUUCAUCCGCCCGCUUCCUCCGUCUGGUAUCCGGAAAGGCUGCUCUUCUGAUUCUGUGGUGUUUGCUGGAAUUAGUAAGCACACAGGGGCAGUUAAGAAUUUAACCUACAUAUUUCCCUUUGACUCUCCUGGCUGCUUUUCCAAUUUAAGAGAGUUGGAGAAACCUUACUUGUAGCUGCUUUGGCUUUAGUGAGUCUCCUGUCCUGAUCCACAAAAACAUCUUUUAGUUCUCUUCAUUUUAAUGAUCUCUAUUUACAAAUAAGCUAAAAUGGAAAUCUUAAUUGGAAUUAUUUGUUGAGUAUUAACCAAUUAAUGUAUUUUAAGGCUGUGCUAGCUAAUGAUUAUCAAAUUUUCCCUCAGAAAUCUGUACCAAUGUAUUUUACCAACACAAGUGCAAGAGAAGCCAAUGAAUCCACACCAGCAAUAGGUGUUACCAUUUUGUUAACUCACUGCAAAUGUAAUAGUUGAAAAAUCUUACUUUAAUUAUGUGUUUGGGCUGUUAGAGAGUGAUUGCUUGUUGUUUUGAGGCUGUUUACAGCUCUUUUUGGCAUAUCUAUUCAUCUUUUUCUUAGGGAUUUGUAAGAGCUUCGUAUAUUUAAAAAUAACGUUUUGCCUGUCCUGUCUCAUUUGCCAUUUUUCUUUUAGUUUUGUGUAUAUUUUUGAUAUACUAAGUCAUUACUUGCUAGGUAGUUACCACUGUUUGUUGUGGUUUUUGUUGUUGGUUUUAAGCUUAGAUAAGAAAUAGGUAUUUUAAAUAUUCAGAACAUGUGAUUCAUUUUCUGAUAAAAUAUUUGUAUAAGAAAAUCUGAGGCAAGGAUUAGGGUUGACAGUAUUUUUCAAAGUGAAAGUUUACCAAUAAUAUUUCUUAGAUCUAUUUGUAAAAUAACUCCAUGGCAACCCUAAUUAUAUAUUUUGCAUAUUGUUACCCAAAAGUUAAUCAGGAAAAAUUGGUUAUAUUGUAGGAUUUGAGUAUGUGGCCUCUGACACAAUCACCCCUCACUUUGAAGCUGCAUAUAUUUUAAUAGGUUGAUGUAUUAUUUCUACUGCAGUGAAGACUCAUCAUUCACUUGAACAUUUUUUUAAAGUCUAUUUUAGUUAUAGAAAUUAUAUAGGAAUAGAAUCUUAUCUAGAAAAUUUAAGCCAUUGCUAAAAAGCAUUUAGCAUUCCCACACAAUUAUUA